AUGUUACCUAGUAACCAAAGUUGUUUAGAAAAAAUUGUAUACAUUUGUUAAACUUGGUUCCCCUUUUGAAGGAAAAAAAGAAGUCAAAAUAGAAAAUGCGAGAAAUCGUACACAUACAAGCAGGUCAAUGUGGUAAUCAAAUAGGAGCAAAGUUCUGGGAAGUUAUUUCUGAUGAACAUGGAAUUGAUCCAACUGGAACCUAUCAUGGGGAUUCCGACUUACAACUCGAACGCAUAAACGUUUACUACAACGAAGCCACCGGAGGAAAAUACGUCCCCAGAGCCGUACUUGUUGAUUUGGAACCAGGCACCAUGGAUUCUGUUAGGUCGGGUCCUUUCGGUCAAAUAUUCCGACCAGAUAACUUUGUUUUUGGACAAAGUGGAGCUGGAAACAACUGGGCAAAAGGACAUUAUACAGAAGGAGCAGAGUUGGUUGAUUCAGUUCUGGAUGUUGUUCGAAAAGAAGCAGAAGGCUGUGAUUGUAUGCAAGGGUUUCAAUUGACCCAUUCUCUGGGAGGAGGUACAGGGUCUGGUCUAGGUACUCUACUUAUUUCUAAGAUUCGUGAAGAAUAUCCUGAUAGGAUUAUGAAUACUUUCUCUGUAGUACCUUCACCUAAAGUAUCAGAUACUGUUGUUGAGCCAUAUAAUGCUACACUUUCCGUUCAUCAACUAGUGGAAAAUACUGACGAAACGUACUGUAUCGAUAAUGAAGCUCUAUAUGAUAUUUGCUUCAGAACUCUCAAGUUAACUACCCCUACUUAUGGUGAUUUGAAUCAUCUAGUCUCUGCUACAAUGUCUGGUGUGACCACUUGCUUGCGUUUUCCUGGGCAACUCAAUUCAGAUUUGCGUAAAUUGGCUGUUAAUAUGGUCCCUUUUCCUCGUCUGCACUUUUUUAUGCCUGGAUUUGCUCCACUAACUUCACGUGGCAGUCAACAAUACAGGGCACUUACAGUUCCAGAACUGGUACUUCAAAUGUUUGAUGCCAAAAAUAUGAUGGCUGCUUGUGAUCCUCGGCAUGGAAGAUAUUUAACCGUGGCGGCUAUUUUUAGAGGACGAAUGUCAAUGAAAGAAGUCGAUGAACAGAUGUUGAAUAUUCAAAACAAAAAUAGUAGUUACUUCGUCGAAUGGAUUCCUAAUAAUGUCAAAACGGCAGUAUGUGACAUUCCGCCUAGAGGUUUGAAAAUGUCUUCCACUUUCAUUGGAAAUUCUACUUGUAUUCAAGAAUUAUUCAAAAGAAUUUCCGAACAAUUUACUGCUAUGUUCAGAAGGAAAGCUUUUUUACAUUGGUAUACUGGAGAAGGAAUGGAUGAAAUGGAAUUUACAGAAGCUGAAAGCAACAUGAAUGAUUUAGUAUCAGAGUAUCAGCAAUACCAAGAAGCCACAGCUGAAGAAGAAGGUGAAUUUGAUGAGGAGGAAGAAGCAGAUGAGGGUGAAUGAAUGACAAGUGAAGUUUAGAAAAAUUUUAAAUUUUUUUGCAAAAUACCCAGUAUUUGUUCGGUUGUGUGAUUUUAAAACGUGAAUUUUCUCUUCAUUGGCAAUAUUUGGCAAUAAAAAUGAUUUUAUUUAUACAUUUGAAAAAGCACGUUUGGCCUUUCUAAUAUAUUGUUCAUUUUAUUGUAUAUUGAAAUGUGAAUAAACAUUUGGUUUUUAA